AUGGCAUCUUUGAAAAUAUUUAAAAAUCCACCAUUUAGUUUUUUGAUACUGUUUGCAUUGCUGGUUUUCAGUAUUGAAGUGGUAUCGGUAGAAUCCAAUGAUAACUCCGAAAAGCUUCCAGUAUUUGCAUUAGUAGAUAUUUUUCAUAUUCCACCAGAGUCUAGACAAAAAUGUUCAACAAUUUUAGGAUGGCUUGCAACCAAAUACCCGAACAAUUAUGUAUUAAUGAGCGUUAGGAACAUUAUUUACCAAUUAGCGCUUCCUCACAGCCAGCUACAAGAAAAUGCAGAAAAAGAGUUAAUUGCAGCAAUGGAUAGUCUUCAAGGAACAAUGUCUAAUGUUUCAGGACUCGAACCAGGGACAUAUAUAAGUAUAUUAACUUGUUCCGUGGACAAUAAAGGAAGAACUAUUCUUCAAAAAAUGGUUGAACAUGGUUUAGUGCAGGCUCUUUCUCACACUUUAUCUCAAAAGUUCUGGGUUGGAGCAAAACUAAAUAGGUUAUUAGAUACAGAAGGUAACAAUUUAGCUCAUCUGGCAGCAAUGUCAGAAAAUGAUGAACUGGUGCAUUUUGUUCUUGGAAUUAUGUUUAAAUCAAAUGUGGUUGCUGAUAUGUUGGAGUCCGUUAAUUCCAAUGGACAAAAACCUAUUGACAUUGCAAUUCACCAUAGAGAUCAGCAAACAGUUGAUACUAUGAAGAAUUUCUUCAGAGUAACUACUUUGGCGGAAAGAGAAGGAUUUGUUGAUGGUGUUGAGGUAAUUGAAGACUCUGUAACUUUAGCUGAAAAGGAAGCUGAAAAUAAGAAGUUUAAAGAAUUUAUUGAAAGGGAAGAGAAUGCUGCAAGUAAGAUUACUGACUCUGAAAUUACAAAAGAUAUUGAGUAUGCAAAACAGGACAGAUAUAAAGAUAGAGGUAAUGAUGAUAUCCAGGAAAUACAAAGCCAAUCAUUUGAAUCAUCUAUUGCUGAAGAUUCCAGCAACCCUAGUCAAUUAACUCAAAGUUUGGAAGAUGAUUACAGUAUAAAGCCUAGAUUCCAAGAUCAGGAAAUUUCAAAAAGCGAUAAUAUUCAGCAAGAACAAACAUUCUCUGAUGAAAAUGUAAUUUAUGAUGAAGAGGGUGACGAAAACACAAGAGGAAAUCAAAGACUUUCAUCAAUAAAUAAAAUAGAGAGUUUGGAAAAUAAGGCUCAACCAGAAGAAGUUGAAUUAAACUUUCCAUCUCUUAGAGGUACUGGUGAAAAUGGUGAUCAUGAGUCUCAGCACCAUCAUGAUAGCCAUGAAGACUUUAAAAAAAUUAAUAAAGAGCCUACAAGCAGAUGGAAUGCAACGGCAAAAGCCAUUGUUGGUGCAUCUAUUCUUGUGGGCACUUCUAUACUUGCUGCCACCGUUGUAUUUAUUGUAUGCAAAGGAUAUGGAAAUAAAGAAGAAAAUAGUUUUUAA